AGUGCACUGUGACGCUGCUCACAGCUUUUUGCUUCUUGACUCAACGCAUCUCAGAAGCUUUGCCACCUUUUUCUUGAUAUUUCAGGGAUAGUGAUAUUGUGUUUUAGAAGAAAUUGAGAACUGAGAAGUUAAGCGACAUAGCCCUCCCUUCCCUCUGCACUGUGCCGGUCCUCUUUUCCUCUCCUCCCCCCCUCCCUCUCUCUACAUAUCCUCCGUCUGGUCUUAGCUGUGGGGAUGAAUGCAGACGGAGACAGAUGGUACAGUAUAGUUAGUGUACUAGGAACUGAGGGUGAAGAAAAGAGUUCUGUGUCUCGCUGGACUGGACUAGGCUGAGAGAGGAGAGUGCUACCUGGUCAUGGGAUGCUGUAGUGUGACUCAGAGAGGAGCGCAUUCCGGGAUUGAUGAUGUGGGCCCUGAUGAGAUCGAGCUCCUGGAGAUUGACAACUCAGGGAUAUGGAGUCUAGGAGAGAGCAGGCUUCAGCUCUCCGUGAGGAAUGGAAAAGAUGGUCCACCCUCUCGCUACCCUUCAGUGAGACACCUCAACCAGGAGGUUGUGCUAUGGGGCAGGAGCAGAGAGGAGCUACACCACAGAAUCUACAACCAGCCCAUCCGUGACUGGGAGGGCCAACCUACACACAUGUAUGGAGAGAUAGUGCACUCCUCCCUGGUGUCUCUCCACAACAGCUACACACAGGAGACACGUGAACACUAUCUGGUGCUGUUCUCCUUCCACUUGUUGAUCCUAUCUCUGGACCACUCUCACCAUGAUUUUAUCUAUGAGGGCAUGCUGCCUCUCUCUGGACUGUCUUUCCAAGCCACUUCACUAGCCUCCAACUCGCAAACCAUGUUCCAGAUCAGUGGUCCAAUGGUGGACUCCAAAGUAUUCACCUGUGCCAGUGCAGCAGAGAUGAACAAAUGGAUACACCACAUGGAGGAGAGGAAAUACAAAUCCAUGAGCCAACUGCUAAGCCCCUCCCACUGUGCACUGUCUUACCUGGUACCCUGCGAUGAGAUCUGGAAGAAAGAGGAACUGAAAACGUAUUUACUGCAAGUCCCAAUUCAGCAGUGGGAAGGGGCCCCCAUCCAGCACAUGGGCCAGCCUGUAUACAUAUCCAUGGUCCACAUCAUCAACACACAGAGACAGGGACUCCAUCAGCAACUUCUAGUACUCUUCCCUCAAGAUGUCCUCCUGCUCUCUGUGGAUAACAAGAGCCUCAGUGUCAUAUAUGAGGGUAGAUUGCCUCGGAAAAGCAUCACAGCCGUGGAGAGGUCAGCAUUACCUGGGAGGCUGGAGUUCGAGUUAGCAGGUGAACUGAUUGAGCCACUGCAGGUAUCUUGCACCUGUCCUGAAGAAUAUCAGAACUGGAUCUUCCAGCUACAACAGCCGGAAAAAAACCUCCAAGCUACCUCAAACCACCCGGCUCCACCUCUCAUGCCAAAAAAACAAAGGAGCAGAAAGGAGUCCCAGGAACCAAUGAUAAUUGCACAUUAAUGAGACUAACUGACCAAUGGCCUCACAAUAUAGAAGACUCAUGCCUCUUUUCAUUAAUAUACACUAUUUGUGUAUAUCGUGUAUACAGUUCCUUUAGAAAGUAUUCAUACCCCUUGACUUAUUCCACAUUUUGUUGUGUUAUAGCCUGAAUUCAAAAUUGAUUAAACAUAUAUUUUUUCUCUCACCAAUCUACAUAAAAUAGCUCCUAAUUAGUGAAAACAUGUUUUUAGAAAUGUUUGCAAAUUUACUGGAAAUGAAAUACAGAAAUAUCUCAUUUACAUAAGCAUUCACAUAAGCAUAAGCAUUCACACCCCUGAGUUAAUACAUGUUGGAAUCACCUUUGACAGCUAUUACAGCUGUGAGUCUCUCUGGGUAAGUCUCUAAGCGUUUCGACACAUUGAUUGUAGAUUGUAUUAUUUUAUUUUAUUUUAAUUUAAGCUCUGUCAAAGUGGUUGUUGAUCCAUUGCUAGACAGCCAUUUUCAAGUAUUGCCAUAGAUUUUCAAGCCAAUUAGUCAAAACUGUAAC